AUGGAAUUCUGUAUUGAGAAUAUUGAAGACAAAGAUAUCUGUUUUUAUACUGGAUUUCCUAAUCGUGAAGUCUACAAUGCGGUGUUAACUUAUCUUAACCCAGGUCCCAAUGGUAAAAAUUUAGUGUACACUCGAACUGAUCCAAGACCUGACAUAGAGUCUACACCCCUGCAAAAACGUGGACGGCCCAGAAAACUAUCUCCUUCCAAUCAGUUCUUUUUAUUCCUUUGUAGGGUUAGGGUUGGGCUCUUUGAAUGUGAUCUUGCAUUUAGGUUUAACAUUUCUAUUGGGACUGUAAGUAACAUUGUUAUUUCUUGGGUUAACUUUCUAUAUCUAAGACUUGGAUCAUUAAGCAUCUGGCCAAGUAAAGAAACAAUAUUAGCAACAAUGCCAGAUUCAUUCAAAGCAAAAUACAAAGACACUAGGGUCAUCAUUGACUGUACCGAAAUAAAAGUAGAAAUGCCUUCUUCGCUGGUCCUAAAAUCUCAAACGUACUCAAACUACAAAAGUGCCAAUACAUUAAAAGGGCUAGUUGGCAUUUCUCCAAGUGGAUCCAUAACAUUUAUAUCUCAGCUGUACACUGGCUCAAUAUCAGACAGGGAAAUUACUGAACGCUGUGGUAUUCUUAAAAUGCCAUUUCAAGUAGGCGACAGUUUAAUGGCAGAUAAAGGAUUCGACAUCCAGGACUUGCUAGAUCCAAUCAGUGUCAAGUUAAAUAUGCCUCCUUUUUUGCACAUGCAAGACCAAAUGCCUGUUCAAGAUGUUCUAGAGACACAGCAAAUAGCUGCCGAGAGAAUACAUGUUGAAAGGGACAUUAAUAAGAUUAAAAACUUUCAUCUAUUUGAUCAAGUUAUUCCAUUAUCUCUGGCUGGCUCUAUCAACCAGUUAUGGACUGUAUGUGGAUUGCUGACUCUUUUUCAAAAACCGAUCAUUUCAUGA